UGCCGGUGCCGGGGACUGGUGGUGAGGAGCCCGCUGCAGCGCGUCAGGACCGGACCGUGAACCCGGGAGACGGUACACACCGAGCCGAAAGGAGACCCAGGAUGGAGCGGAUGUCUGAGGAGGCGCUGAGGCUCAACCUGCUGAAGCGGGGUCUGGAGUCUCCCAGCGAGAGAGAGGAGGCACUCGCCAAACGCUUAAAGAUGGAGGGACACGAGGCCAUGGAACGCCUUAAGAUGCUGGCUCUGCUCAAACGUAAAGACCUCGCCGACUUGGCGGCUCUGGAUGUUGCAGGGCCCCUAGGGGACGGGAAGGGCCCCGGAGCCAGCUCCCUCCACCACCAGAGUCUCAUGGGAGCUGCUGCCUAUGAGGAGAAGUUAAAUGGGAGUCUGAGACUGGGGGGCCACGGCGGCCAUGUUGGACCCAGUAAGAACGGGAAGGAGAACAUGAUGGACGAGCCGGUGGACAUGAGCGCCGGAAGGAGAUGUGACAAAGACCAUGACAGACGGACUCCAUCUCCGGACGUCAUCAUCCUCUCAGACAAUGAGGCAUCCAGUCCCAGAACAACACCCCGGCCUGAGGAGCGCCUCCACCAGGCCAACCUGGACAUGUUCAAGGGUAAGACGGGUGAGGAGCGGCAGCAAAUGAUUAAAGCUCUGAGAGAGGAGCUUCGUCUGGAGGAGGCUCGUCUGGUUCUCCUCAAGAAGCUGCGACAGAGUCAGAUGCAGAAGGAGAACGUGGUGCAGAAGGUUCCGGUGGUCCAGAACGCGGCGUCCUCUGUGCAGCCCCCACCCCUGCACAGCUCUGCUGGUCUGGGGAAACUUCCUGUGAGGCCGGGCCUGCACAACCCAGAGCCCCAGAACCUCCGCACUGCACAGGGUCACACAGUCAUCAGGUCAGCAGCCAACGCCAACCUGCCGCCCAUGCUGAUGUCACAGCGAGUGAUCGCCCCAAACCCCGCCCAGCUGCAGGGUCAGAGAGUCUCCUCCAAACCCGGGAUGUCCCGCCCCGGCAGCAUGGCCAACACUGUUAGCUACCAGCAGGCCUCCCAGCAGGUGGCGGCCUCCCAGCGCUCAGGCUCCAGUGCCAUGUACAUGAACCUGGCCCAUAUGCAGGCGGCAGCAGCAGCGGGAGCUGGAGGUGUCGGCGGCGGACUGGGCGGAGCCUCAGCCGUCAGCCCGUCCACCAUGUCGGGAUCAGCCAGUGGCGGCGUAAGCUCAAUGGCCGACCAGGCGAGCAGCCAGGCGGCUGCCAAGCUGGCCCUAAGGAAGCAGCUGGAGAAGACCUUGUUGGAGAUCCCUCCACCCAAACCCCCCGCCCCACUGCUCCACUUCCUGCCCUCUGCCGCCAACAGCGAGUUCAUCUACAUGGUGGGGCUGGAGGAGGUGGUGCAGAGCGUGCUCGACAGUCAGGGUAAACUGAGAGGAUCGCUGCCCCGUAUGGAGCCGUUCUUCUGCGCUCAGUGCAGAACCGACUUCACCCCUCACUGGAAGCAGGAGAAGAGCGGGCGGAUCCUCUGUGAGCAGUGCAUGACGUCCAACCAGAAGAAGGCACUGAAGGCAGAGCACACCAACCGGCUGAAGAACGCCUUCGUCAAGGCUCUGCAACAGGAGCAGGAGAUCGAGCAGAGGCUCCAGCAGCAGGCGGCACUCUCCCCGAGCUCGGCUGCUACCGGCCCCAACGCCUCCAAGACCGACUCCAUGAUCCGACAUCAUGCCCUCCGCCAGGCCCAGCCUCAGGCAUCCCUGCAGCGCAGUCUGUCUAACUCUGCGCGGGGCGUCCUGUCAAACUUCGCUCAAGCCUCCCAGUUGUCGGUGGCGAGCAGCCUGAUGGGGAUGACCAGCGCUAAGCACUGUGGCAGCGGAGGAAGCGGCAGCAGCAACAGACUGCAGCACGACAGCCGUCGCCAGAUCUACAACAUCCCAGGGUUAAAUAUCGCCUACCUGAACCCGGCGGCGGUCGGGGCCCAUAAGAGCUCCAGCUUAGCGGACCGGCAGAGAGAGUACCUGUUGGACAUGAUCCCACCUCGAUCCAUAUCGCAGUCCAUCACCGGACAGAAAUGAGCCCCGCCCACCACCCUGCCCCUCCUGAAGCCCCAUUUUCCCCCAUCCUGACCUACCUACCCCCAAACUGAAGCACUCCCAGAUC